AUGAAGCUCGUCAGAUUUUUGAUGAAAUUGAACAACGAGACCGUCUCAAUUGAACUCAAGAACGGCACUGUUGUUCAUGGCACUAUUACGGGAGUGGAUGUUAGCAUGAAUACGCAUUUGAAGACAGUGAAACUGACACUGAAAGGGAAGAAUCCAGUUACUCUUGAUCAUCUAAGUGUUAGGGGUAACACCAUACGCUAUUACAUCCUUCCCGACAGCUUGAAUCUGGAAACUUUACUUGUUGAAGAGACUCCUAGAGUGAAGCCCAAGAAGCCUACUGCAGGGAAGCCUUUGGGCCGUGGAAGGGGCAGAGGACGUGGUCGUGGUCGUGGAAGAGGCCGUUAA